AUGACAGAAAAACUUGUCAAAAUCUGUGGCAUUCGAAAACUUGAAGAUGCUGAAGCGGCCAUCAAUUCUGGUGCUGAUAUUGUCGGUGUCAUCAUGGUCCCAAACAGGCAACGUUCCAUAGAUCACACAGAUGCCUUGAAGAUUUCCAAGGCUGUUCAGUCAGUCAGAUCACAGAGAAAUAGAGAACUCCAGACAGCUCAAGAUCUCAACAAUUACCUUUCGAAGCAGUCUUUUAAAAGUCAUAAAGAUUAUCUCUUAGCAUACCGUGACCAAAUCUUGAAAAACGGCCCCUUCUUGACUGGUGUUUUCAGGAACCAGGACCCAAAGACUGUCUUUGAACUUGCUGACCAACUUCAACUCGACUUUAUUCAACUUCACGGCAGCGAAGAUCCAUCGGAGUAUUUGGCAUUGAAUACUGAGAGAAAAUUCUGCAUCAUCAAGAGAUUUGUUGUACCUGACCAAGCAGACUACAUGACUAAUUUCUUAACCAGCCUACAUAACAACGAAAAUAAGGGCUAUGCUUUGCCACUUCUAGAUUCAGAACUUGGAGGUGAGGGCAAAACCAUCGAUUGGUCUCUCAUCAAUGACUUAGAUGGCUCAUUCGUUUUGGCUGGAGGACUAAAGCCGGAAAAUCUUCAUACUACGAAAGCUUAUCUAGACAACGUCAUUGGUUUCGAUGUGAGCGGUGGUGUCGAAAAUGAAAGCGGGUUUAAGGACCAUGAAAAGAUAAAGCAGUUCAUCACGGAAGGAAAAAAACUUUAG